AUUAAGUGAUUAAAUUUUGCUGAUUUGUAAAGAUGUGAACUAGAUGCAUUAGGGUAUUUCUUGCUGACCACAGCUUCUGCUGCUGUUCUGCCCCAAAGACAUUUGUAGUUCCUCAUCCUUUUAUUAAGCACCAAUGAUUUGAGCUAAAGUUUUCCAGGCCACACCUAUGUCUUUUGGGCAAGUUUCAGUUAAUCGCAGUAGUUUCUGGGAAUGGAAUUCAAUGAUAAUAUUAAGCUUCUCAUAGAAACUGUUUUUGUUGUUUGUUUGCAACACUUUGCUGGUUUAAAAAAUGGAUUUGAGUUAUUGCUUCAUCACUAGGGAUGGUGCACAGCUCUGGCUGCACCGGCACAGGGCUGUGCCAGCGUGGGACUGCUCUGGGUGGUGGGGCUGGUUUGCCUAUUGCACAGCAGCAGGUGGAGGAUGUGGAGGCUGCAGUGGGUGCUCGCUCGGCCAUGGUGGCCGCAUGGACCUGCGUGGUGCUGGGAGGCACCAGGAAGGAAGUUUGCAAGCGCAUGUGUGUCUGUCUGUGCACACGCAGGAGCUGGAGUUGUUUCCGGAGCGGGGUGUCUUGGGGCCGGGCUGUUAAACCACCGCCGCUCUGUGCACCAGGUUGUUCGUGGCCCUGCAGAAGCGCAUUUGGGGAUGCAGCUGCUGCUGCACCAACCUGCAGCCUUAUCAGGACCCAAAAUCCCAUGGUGGCUGGAGGCCAGGGCAGGAUCAAGCAGAAAGCCUCGAGGGGAAGGAGGCCGGGCGAUGCGUAUGCUAUGGAUAAGCUCUUGCAAAGUUCCUGCUGGGUGGAGUUUCCCUCUGUUUUUUAAUUAGUGCUAAAGUGGAGGGGCUGCAUGACGUUUUACGACAGCUUGGCAGAAGGGGAGGAGACUCCUGGGUGGCUGGAAUAACAAUUAGUGUCUGUCCUUGAAGUGUUCUCAAAAACAUCCUCUGAGGCUGGGACACCAUCGUGCACGAAGGGGCAGUGUGGGCAGCUCCCGACACUGAGGUAUUUUUGCGGCCACCUGUGUUCCAGCAUGGUGCUGGGCUAGCAGCAGCAUGUCUGUACUGGGGGAAGAUGCCUGUGGGGCUGAACGCUUGCUAGCUGGACGCUGAAGCGCGGCCAGCAGCCUGUGCAGGGGACAGCAGGAUGCGGGUCACCACAAGGAGGGUGCUGCUGGUAGUGGGCUCGGUGGUGGCCGUGAUGGUGACCCUGCACUUGGGCCAGCAGGUCCUGGAGUGCCAGCAGGUCCUGAGCGAGAGGAGACACAGGCUGAUGCGACCCGAGAGCGAGGAGCUAGUCGUGAUGGACUCCAACCACGUCGAGUACCGCUACAGCAAGGAGAUGCCUCUGAUCUUCAUCGGCGGGGUCCCGCGCAGUGGCACGACGCUGAUGCGGGCCAUGCUGGAUGCGCACCCUGAGGUGCGCUGUGGGGAGGAGACCCGCAUCAUCCCCCGCGUGCUGGCCAUGCGGCAGGCCUGGUCCAAGUCAGGGCGGGAGAAGAUGCGCCUGGACGAGGCAGGGGUGACGGACCAGGUUCUGGACUCCGCCAUGCAGGCCUUUAUCCUGGAGGUGAUCGCCAAGCACGGCGAGCCGGCCCGCUACCUGUGCAACAAGGACCCCUUCACACUGAAGUCCUCUGUCUACUUGUCCAGGCUGUUCCCCAAUGCCAAAUUCCUCCUGAUGGUUCGGGACGGCCGGGCGUCCGUCCACUCCAUGAUCACGCGGAAGGUGACGAUCGCCGGCUUCGACCUGAACAGCUACCGGGACUGCCUGAGCAAGUGGAACAAGGCGAUCGAGGUGAUGUACGCUCAGUGCCUGGAGCUGGGCCGGGCGCGCUGCCUGCCCGUCUACUACGAGCAGCUGGUGCUGCACCCCGAGCGCUCCCUGCGCGCCGUCACCACCUUCCUGGGCAUCACCUGGAGUGACGCGCUGCUGCACCAUGAGGAGCUCAUCGGCAAGCCCGGCGGGGUGUCGCUCUCCAAGAUAGAAAGAUCAACAGACCAGGUUAUCAAGCCGGUGAACAUGGAGGCGCUGUCAAAGUGGAUUGGGCACAUCCCGGGGGAUGUGCUCCAGGACAUGGCCCAUAUCGCACCGAUGCUGGCCCGGCUUGGCUACGACCCCUAUGCCAACCCCCCCAACUACGGCCACCCUGACCCCUUGGUGGUCAACAACACGCACAGGGUUUUAAAAGGGGAUUACAAAACGCCAGCCACUUUGAAAGGUCACCCACAGAAUGCUGCAAAUGGCCUUUUGUUGCCCGACAAAGAAGAGUUUGCAAGGGCACCAGUGGAAAUCGGUUCUCCAAGCAUAUUGCUUGCUCCUGUAUUGCCAAAAUGCCCGCCGCACGGAAUGUAUUUGCAUUUAUUUGCAAAGGCUGAGCACGUCCUGCGCCGGGUGGAGCCGGCUCUGGGAACCCACUCCCAUGUGCGGGGAAGGGGUUUCGUGCCACGGCUGGACUCGUUAAUCGCGUUUCGGUGUCUAAUUAGUGGGUGUCCUGCCCCUGUGGAGCCUUUGUCGUGCCAGUGGCCUCCCCCCUUCCUUCACCGUGACUUACAGAGGCUAUUGCAGAGUUAAUAUAUGAGCCCGCCCCUUCCUCUCCUGCACAUGAUUAAAAUGGUGUUUUAAUA